CUGUUCUUGACCCGCAAAAACAAUCGUCAGAGCAUACAGCCUUGCCGCCUUGUGCUGCGCUGACCUGGCUAAACCGAGUCCUUUUAGUCCUAACCCAAGGUCACCUGAGGCGAGGCACCUUGCCCAGGCCAAGCAGAUCGUAUCCUACCUUACCUACCGGGCCUACCACUACCUAAUACCUUGCCCAUCAGCUAGGCAACAUCCGUCUUAAGCAAGUAAUCGUUUGCCAACGCACAAAGCAAGCAACACACGCAAUCACCUCGCCUCGCUGCCUGAUAACAUGGUUCCACGCGCUGAGGGAAGCCAAUUGAAGAGGGCUCGGCCCUCUACUGCCGAUUCGGAGGGAGAGUCUUUUAAGAAACCUCGCAGGUCGGAACGUACAGCUCACAAGACAGACGAAUCUACCGUGCAACCGAAAACCCCCGUGUCCACCAAGCAGCAACUGCCGUCCCCCAUCACGCACAACCCUACCGAGGACAGCUUCGAUGCCUACAAGGAAGGGACUGUAACACCGCCCGAGGGUCGCCCGAGCCAGGUCGCACAUCGCUCUCCAGUCCAGGGCUUCUCCUCGCCACCACAGGAUACGCAAGCAACACAAGCUAUUCCCUCGCAGGUCGUUGAUCCGAACGCCGCGCUUUCCGAUGAGGUUGAAGAUGAGGUGAAGGAGGGUGUCUGGGGCUACCUCUUUCCUCUCGAUACCAGAUAUGGCGGGAAAUGUGUCGUUUUGAGAAAGCGUGGUUCCUGCCCUAUGCCUGACACGAACGGCAAAAGCGACGACAAGCCAUGCGAUAAAGCUGCGAAGGGCUUCCCAUCGGGUGGUUACUUGAUCGGACGGCAUCCGGAAUGCGAUAUUGUGGUUGACGACCCCAUCGUCUCGAAUCGACACUGCCUCAUAUUUGCCGAGCAUAAGGGUAACGACACAGUCGUCAUUCUUGAGGAUCUGUCCAGCAACGGCACCUUUGUCAACGAGGCCAUAGUCGGUCGCAACCAGCGGAGGGAGCUUUUGGAGCAAGAUGAGAUCGCUGUAAAGGAUACGGCUCGUUUUAUAUUCCGUUAUCCUAAAUAUCGCCAAACCAGCGCAUUCUCGCAGCAGUACACUCUGUUGGGCAAGCUCGGCAAAGGGCACUUCGCUGAAGUCUUCGCAUGCGUCGAAAAAUCGACAGGGCAGCGUUAUGCGGUCAAAAUAUUCUCCAUGGUCCCUGGUUUGGAAGAACGGUCCAGGACAGAAGGACUCCAGCUGGAGAUUGCUGUACUGAUGGGCGUCAGCCAUCCCAAUGUGCUAUGCUUGAAGGAUACCUUUCACGAGGGCAACGCGGUGUAUCUGGUGCUUGAGCUGGCCCCGGAAGGCGAACUCUUCAACUUUAUUGUCAUGAAACAAAAGCUCACAGAGGCUGAGACUCGGAAACUGUUCACUCAACUUUUCCACGGAGUCAAGUACUUGCAUGACCGAAACAUAGUCCACCGCGAUAUCAAGCCGGAAAACAUUUUGCUGGUUGACAAGGACCUGCACGUCAAAAUCGCCGAUUUUGGACUUGCUAAAAUCAUCGGCGAGGAGUCGUUCACGACAUCCCUGUGUGGCACACCGAGCUACGUUGCACCCGAGAUUCUCGUUGAUGGCCGGCAUCGCAAGUACACCAAAGCCGUUGACGUAUGGUCAUUGGGCGUUGUGCUUUAUAUCUGCCUGUGCGGAUUUCCACCAUUCUCGGACGAAUUAACCAGCGAAUCAUUCCCUUACACCCUCACUCAGCAAAUAAAGAGGGGCAUCUUUCACUACCCGUCUCCAUACUGGGACUCGGUCGGUGAUCCAGCAUUGAGCUUGAUCGACUGUAUGCUUGUCGUCGACCCAGAAAAGAGGUAUACCAUCGAUCAAUGCCUGGCUCACCCAUGGAUGACGCAAGCGCCACCCUCUGUUCACGACAGCACGGAUGGUCUCGUCGGCGGUUUCGCCGGUCUUGAAGUAAACAGACGUGGCAUUGUCCGGGAGAGGACAUUGCUCUCCUCGAUCAACUCUGUUCAAGUCACACGUGUACCUGCAGGCCCAGACCAAGAACCAGUCAAGGUUUUCAUUAAGAACCCUAAAGAUGGCAAAGUAAAGGGCGCACCAGAACCGGGGCCAUCCCAGAAUCGACGUCCAGAUGAGUUCAUCGAGAUGGGCGGUAAAGGAGACCAGGCCUUGUUUGGCCAUGACGGUGGGAGUAACUAUCCUUCAGCCGAUAUCGCCUCUCAAAAGACCGCCAUAAGUCGGCCUGAAGCCAAUGGCGCAGAGACUCGUAAGGAUUACGAAGUCAAAGAAACAAACGCGAAUGGAAAGAACAAAGAGCCCACGGCGAAAGGCAAGGGCAAGGAACAGUGAUCUGUGGAAUAACUACAUCCGCAGCAGAUGAGUUGAAAAGCUCGCAUGGGCACGACACCUAGCUUGUAAACUUUUAGAUAACAGUCCCGGAUGUUGACUGUAGCUUGAUUUAUGUUUGGUGUUACAAGGAGUGGGAGGGAUAUCAAGUUUGGAGUUCGUCAUAACCUGAGCAUGAUGGGAAGUAUUUGGGCCACAUUUACUGUUGCUGUCAACCUCGGAUUCUGUUCAUAGUUCUUUUUUUUUCUUUUUCUUUUUCUUUUUUUAAAUCCACUCUGGCGGCCGCCAGGAAUUUAUUGUAUUAUGAAAAAUUGUACAGCUCGGAUGUUAUUGCAGU